UCUCUCACAAUUCCCUCAGCUUCUCAUCUUGUACGUGCUGUAUUUUCUUGGCUUUCUGCAACUUUGAGUUGUUCCAAAAUGGCUGACCAAAUUCCAUUCGGUGUUGUGGAGCACAUUUUGACCAACUUGGGGUCCUCGGCGUUUCAAGAAAUUGGAUCCAUGUAUGGUGUUCCAAAGGAGAUAACCAAGCUCACUGCGAAACUCGGCGCCAUCAAGGCUGUGCUUCUGGAUGCCGAGGAGAAGCAGCAGCAGAGCAAUCGUGCAGUCAAAGAUUGGGUCCGGAGGUUCAGAGGUGUUGUUUACGACGCAGAUGACUUGCUGGAUGACUAUGCAACCCAUUAUCUGCAGCGAGGAGGGUUGGCAAGGAAGGUCAGUCACUUCUUGUCAUCUGAAAAUCAAAUUGCUUUUCGUUUUAAGAUGAGUCACAGACUCAAGGAUAUCAAAGAAAGGAUAGAUGAUAUUGCAAAAGAAAUCCCCAUGUUAAAUCUGACUCCACGGGACAUAGUAAUACACACACGGGAAGAGAAUAGUGGGAGAGAAACCCACUCAUUCUUGUUGCCGUCUGAAAUUGUAGGAAGAGAAGAAAACAAAGAGGAGAUAAUAAGGAAGCUGUCAUCUAACAAUGAAGAAAUUCUUUCCGUUGUUGCCAUUGUUGGCUUUGGGGGAUUGGGUAAGACCACCCUCACUCAAUUGGUAUACAAUGACGAAAGAGUAAAACAUUUUGAGCAUAAGACAUGGGUUUGCAUUUCUGAUGAUUCUGGUGAUGGUCUUGACGUCAAACUGUGGGUCAAAAAGAUUUCAAAAUCUAUGGGAGUCCAGGAUGUGGAGAGUCUGACGUUGGAUGGUUUGAAAGACAAGCUUCACGAAAAAAUAAGUCAAAAGAAGUACUUGUUAGUACUUGAUGAUGUUUGGAACGAAAAUCCUGGAAAAUGGAAUGAAGUGAAAACAUUGUUGAUGGUUGGUGCUAGAGGUAGUAAAAUUAUAGUAACCACCCGAAAACUUAAUGUUGCAUCCAUUAUGGAAGAUAAGUCUCCCGUUAGUUUGAAAGGUCUAGGAGAAAAGGAGUCUUGGGCUUUAUUUUCAAAAUUUGCAUUUAGAGAACAGGAGAUUUUGAAGCCAGAAAUUGUAGAAAUUGGAGAAGAAAUUGCAAAAAUGUGCAAGGGAGUUCCUCUCGUUAUUAAGUCUUUAGCAAUGAUAUUGCAGUCUAAAAGAGAACCGGGGCAGUGGUUGUCUAUUAGAAACAAUAAAAAUUUGCUGUCACUUGGAGAUGAAAAUGAGAAUGUUCUAGGGGUGCUGAAAUUAAGUUAUGAUGAUUUGUCAACUCAUUUGAGACAAUGUUUUACAUAUUGUGCUUUAUUUCCAAAAGACUAUGAGAUUGAGAAAAAGUCGGUGGUACAACUAUGGAUAGCACAAGGUUAUAUUCAAUCUUCAAAUGAUAAUAAUGAGCAAUUAGAGGAUAUAGGGGAUCAAUAUGUUGAGGAAUUAUUGUCAAGGUCAUUGUUGGAGAAGGCGGGAACCUAUCAUUUUAAAAUGCAUGACCUUAUACAUGAUCUUGCACAAUCAAUUGUAGGAUCUGAGAUCCUUAUUUUAAGAAGUGAUGUAAAUAACAUUCCAGAAGAAGCUCGUCAUGUAUCAUUGUUUGAAGAGGUAAAUCCUAUGAUAAAGGCUCUAAAGGGAAAACCCAUAAGGACCUUUCUAAACCUUGGUGAAGAUUCUUUUAAGGACAGUACAAUUGUAAAUUCAUUUUUUCCGAGUUUUAUAUGUCUACAUGCAUUAAGUUUUAGUGAUAUGGGUGUAGAGAAGGUGCCAAAGUGUUUAGGCAAAUUGAGUCAUUUAAGGUAUCUUGAUCUUUCCUACAAUAAUUUUGAGGUACUUCCAAAUGCUAUUACAAGGUUAAAGAAUUUGCAAACACUAAAUCUCAUAGGGUGUGACAGGUUAAAAAGGAUUCCACACAAUAUAGGAGAAUUGAUCAAUCUUAGACACUUGGAGAAUAGUGGAUGUAAUGACUUGACUCAUAUGCCACAUGGAAUCGGCAAGUUGACUUUACUUCAAAGUCUACAAUUGUUUGUGGUUGGGAAUGACAUAGGGUUAAGGAAUCACAAAAUUGGUAGCUUGAGUGAAUUGAAAGGCCUUAACCAACUAAGAGGAGGGUUAUGCAUAAGGAAUCUUCAAAACGUUAGGGAUGUUGAACUGGUAUCCAGGGGAGAAAUUUUGAAAGAACAAUAUCUUCAGUCCUUGAGAUUGCAAUGGAAACGGUGGGGCCAAGAUGGGGGGGAUGAGGGUCAUAAGUCAGUGAUGGAAGGCCUUCAACCACACCAACACGUAAAGGGUAUCUUUAUACAAGGUUAUGGAGGUACGGAGUUUCCAAGUUGGAUGAUGAAUGAUGGGUUGGGUUCCCUGUUUCCCUACCUAAUUAAAAUUGAAAUUUCGGGAUGUUCAAGAUGCAAAAUUCUGCCACCCUUUUCUCAACUCCCUUCUCUCAAGUCUUUGAAGGUUCAUAAUAUGGAAGAAGUGGUGGAGUUAAAGGAGGGUUCAUUAACAACGCCACUCUUCCCAUCUCUUGAAUCGCUCCAACUCUCUGACAUGCCAAAGUUGAAGGAAUUGUGGAGGGUGGACUUACUAGCAGAGGAAGGUCCUUCAUUUUCUCAUCUUUCUCAAUUAGAGAUCAGAAAGUGUCAUAACUUGGCAUCCUUGGAACUGCAUUCAUCUCCUUGUCUUUCUCAAUUAAAGAUCAGAAAUUGCCAUAACUUGGCAUCCUUGGAACUGCAUUCUUCUCCUUCUCUUUCUCAAUUAGAGAUCAGAAAUUGCCAUAACUUGGCAUCCUUGGAACUGCAUUCUUCUGCUUCUCUUUCUCAAUUAGAGAUCAGAAAUUGCCAUAACUUGGCAUCCUUGGAACUGCAUUCUUCUCCUUCUCUUUCUCAAUUAGAGAUCACAAAUUGCCAUAACUUGGCAUCCUUGGAACUGCUGUCAUCUCCUUCUCUUUCUCAAUUACAUAUCGGAGUUUGCCCUAACUUGGCAUCCUUGGAACUGCAUUCAUCUCCUUGUCUUUCUCAAUUAAAGAUCAGCUAUUGCCAUAACUUGGCAUCCUUGGAACUGCUGCAUUCGUCUCCUUCUCUUUCUCAAUUACAUAUCGGAAGUUGCCCUAACUUGGCAUCCUUCAAAGUGGCUCUUUUACAUUCUCUUGAGACACUAUCUCUGUUCACAGUUAGAUAUGGUGUGAUAUGGCAGAUAAUGUCUGUCUCUGCUUCGUUGAAGUCUCUGUAUAUUAAAAGCAUAGAUGAUAUGAUAUCUCUCCCGAAGGAGCUACUUCAACAUGUUUCUUGCUUGGUAACGUUAGAGAUCCGUGAGAGUCCUAACUUGCAAUCCUUGGAACUGCCCUCAUCCCAUUGUCUUUCUAAAUUAAAGAUUAGAGAAUGCCCUAACUUGGUAUCCUUCAAUGUGGCUUCAUUACCUCGUCUUGAGGAACUAAGCCUGCAUGGAGUCAGAGCAGAGGUACUGAGGCAGUUAAUGUUUGUCUCUGCUUCUUCUUCAUUGAAGUCUCUGCGUAUACGGGAGAUUGAUGGUAUGAUAUCUCUCCCAGAGCAGCCGCUUCAAUAUGUUUCCACUCUCGAAACUCUCCACAUUGUUAAGUGCUCUGGUUUGGCAACAUCACUACACUGGAUGGGCAGCCUUUCCUCGCUCACGGAACUUAUUAUUUAUGACUGCUCUGAAUUGACAUCACUGCCAGAAGAGAUCUAUUCCCUUAAAAAACUGCAGACAUUUUAUUUCUGUGAUUAUCCACACCUAGAGGAAAGAUACAACAAGGAAACAGGUAAAGACUGGGCCAAGAUUGCUCAUAUCCCACAUGUUCGUUUCAACAGUGAUGCCUAUUUGCAAUGGGAGAUGAUAUGAUCCAAACUCAAAUUGAACACUGCUCUUAUUUUGCAACAUUACUGCAUUGGAAAGGCAACUUAAACUCACUUAUAGACCUUCACCAAUAAGACUGCAUUGAAUUGACAUCACCUUGGAAGAGAUGUGUUCCACAUGGAAAAUCUUUCAUUAUAUGCACCUACUUGCAAGAUACCAAAAGGAAACAAGUGAAUACUUGCCCAAGAAUACAGAGGGCCACACUUGGUGAAGGUUUCAUCAGUAAGGAGAACCAUUUCAAAGUUUGUAGAAGAGAAGAAAGAUUUGAUCCAAGAUAUUCCUAAAGAUUGGAAACUUUCAGAGCCACCUAAGAUCCCACAGCCUACCUUAAUAAUUUGGGGAGACCAAGAUAAGGUAUUCCUAGUAGAACUGGCUCACAAAUUGAAAAGGCAUUUCAGGCGAGGAGGCCCAACUUGUGAUCAUAGAGCAUACUUUUAUCAUAGAGAAGCCCAAGGAAAUAUUUAAGCACUUGAAAUCCUUUCUCAUUGAUUUGCUUCCACCUCCUAAGCAACACCUAGAACCACUCCCACCAUGACGAAGUUAAAAGAUGCCCUCACCUCUCUUACAAAACUUGGAAUUCAUGGCUACCUUGAAUUGACAUCCCUGCCAGAAGAUAUGUUCCCUCAAAAGCCUGCAAACACUAAACAAUUUGCAUUUGUUCACACUUAGAGGAAAGCUGCUGAAAGGAAAAGUGAAGACUAAGUAAAGAUUGCUCAUAUCCCACAAAUUGAUAUCAUACAUCCAUGAAGAUUGAACUGAUACAAAAUGUCUUUCAGAUGAUAUGAUCCAAACUCAAAUUGAACACUACUCUUGUUUUGCAACAUUACUGCACUCGAAAGGCAACUUCAACUCACUUAUAGACCUUCCUAUUGGUGAUUGCACUGAAUCGACAUCACUUUGGAAGAGAUGUGUUCCACACAUAAAAUCUUUCAUUAUAUGCACCUACUCGCAAGAUACUAAAGGGAAACAUGUGAAUACUUGCUCAAGAAUACAAAGGCCAUACUUGGUGAAGGUUCCGUCAAUAAGGAGAACCAUUUCAA